AUGGCUCAAGUCAUAUGGAAUUCAGACAUUGAUGUGUAUAACAAAGAUGUUAUACCGGUAAAUAUAGCAAGAACUAUUGCAGGAUAUCUUCCUAUCCAGGAUUUAUUAUCAUUUUCCCUAGUUUCCAAAAAUACCAACCUCGCUGUCAAUGACCCCAAACUAUGGAUCUCACGUUUGAAAGGAAUGGAUGUUUGGAAUACCGCAAUAUCAUUGUCCAAAGAAGAUAUCAAAAAGAAUAUUCAAGGAGAUUACUUGAACAGUCCUUUGACUUGUAUGGAUUAUGUUUACAAAUCAAGUAAGAAUGCAAAGUAUCAAGUUUUGAAAAUCUAUAAAUGUUUACAAGGAUAUUACAACGACUUGUUGAUUAACAAAAACUACAAUCGAUUAAAGAUAUUUAAACAUUUUCACACCCCUGAGGACCAAUCAAAGAUAUUAAAGAAUUUAUUAAAGUAUAAUAAAAUCGAUUAUAUUGAUGGAUCAAGACUGAUUGUAUACGAAAAGAUUGUUGAAUUGUUUGAAAUUUUUGAGAAUGCAUUGUUGAGAGAGUUGGAGAUUCAUUUUGAUAUGGAAGAUUAUGAAAGAACACAGAACUUUGUUAAUAUUUUAAUUGGUUUGAACAAUCAACAGACGUUGAUUGAUUUCUUUUUGCAAAAAUCCAUAUUUGAUGAAAAUAAGGAGAUAUUCAAUUUAGAGAAGUUCAACGGGGAAAAGUAUUUUAAGGACGGCAGUAUAAAUGUUGAUGUCUUGGAUCGAUUGAUAAUUGAUAUUUCUGAUGUUUUUAAUGAACAGAGUCAUAUAAUUGAUUUGAUAUUCCCCGAAACUGUGCCCAUAAUGUAUAAAGUAUGUGAAGAAUUGAUAUCCAACCAGUUAUCUGAAUUGCUAAUGCUAUUGAUUGAAUCGUCCAAGAAGUAUGGGUUGUAUUUUCAGACAGUCCCGUUGGUCUAUGAAAAACUUACUGUUGAAUUCGUUGAACACUUGAAUGAUUCGAAAAAUCUUGGUGUGUCUUACCGACAAUUGGUAAUUGAACUAUUGGAUAUGCUGUAUGAAUCUUUUGCCGCUGAGUAUAUGAGAGAGGAAAUAUCGUCGUUCAAAUCUGAAACAAAGAAUAAAUUGGCCAAUUGGAAGGAAACAAUAUCCAAGCGUGAGGCAGAAACAUCACAAAAGAUUCUUGAAAGUGUCAAGUCGGAAACCAAAAAUGACUUUUUAACUAGUUUUAAGAAUGUAUUUGCCAUUAGUAAAAAAGACGACGAUCACGAGUCUAAAUAUUCUGAAAUCCAAGCCAAGGCUAAAAUCUUAUCGGAAAACAUCAAAAGUAUGAAUAAAAUUUUCAGUCCCGAAUUAAUAGUCGAAACAUUGAAUGAUGUUAAAAACUCCAACCAUCGAUUACUAAAAUUCAAACAAUUUUCUAUAUCAUCAUUGCGAGAUGAUAUUUUCCAAUCCAUACAGUUUUUGUUUAUCGAUGUUUUAGAGUUGAUUGGGUCAGAUCAUUUGAACCCAGGGUUUGAGAAGGCGUUGACGUAUUUACAAACUUAUAAUCCAAACUCUCCUACAUUUGUCAAUAUAGAUUCCAAUACUGGAGAAAAUCUUGAUGAACCAUUGGUGUUGUUUUUUGAUUUGAUCAACAUGGCCGAUAUAAUUAUACAAAUGAUUGAUAUUUUCUAUAAAGAAGAGAUUAGAUUAGUGAUUAAAAAUGAAAACUCCAUCCUAAAUCCAAGUUUGCAAAACAAAAAGAAACUAGAAGCACUAGUCGACAAGUACGUGGCGGAUGGGUUAAAUAUUGGGAUUGAAAUUCUUGUUUACAAGAUUGAGAAUAUUUACAAAGUCAAUCUCAAAGAAACUGACUUUAAUCCAGAUUCUACCCAAGUUAAUUUUGGUACUACUGAGGCAGCCAGGAAAGCAGUUUUAGAACUAGAGAAAAAUAUGAAUUUAUUAGUUGAUAGUGCAGAUAAAUCAAUUGUUGAUGUGUUCCAGCAAGAAAUUGCCGAACGUUUCUUCCAAGUUAUUGUCAAGAUGCUUAAAACACAAACUAUUUCAACCACGGGAGCAACUAAUCUUAUCUCGGAUCUUAAUUUAUAUUUUGAUUUCAUUUCAGAGAAUGUCAAAUCAAACAAGAGAUUAGUUAUCCCAUUGUAUCAAGCACUUAAGAAAAUAGGAAAUAUUUACUUGAUUAGUGGUGAUGAUUAUAAAGCAAUUGGUAAGUUGGUGAGUGAUUUAAGUAAAUUCAAUGGUAUUUUCAAUCAAGAAGAGAUUUAUGAGUUUGUCCAACGAAGACUGGAUUGGUUGGUUAUUAAAAGACAUGUGGAGAAAGUCAUGUACGGUUUUGGAUUUGGAGAUUGUCUGAUCAUGUGA